AUGAAGAGCUGCCCGUCUCCGGCCGCCCCGCGCGAAGAAGUUUUGCAAGGCUACCGGGCUUUCUACCGCGCCCGCUGGGCGGAAGGCGAACUUGGCCUUUGCAACGAAGCGCCGCUCAAGAGCCGCGCCGGGCUCCUGCGGGUGGCCCAGGCGGGCAAGUGGGACGUGGGCGCCAUCGCCCAGAGCUGCGGUGGGAUGCGCGGCCGGCGGAGGGGGGUGAAGGAGAAGGAGGAGGAGGAGGAGGCCGGCAGCGCCGCCGCCGCCCUCUUCCGCAAACUGAGCCAGGCCUUCGGCUACCUGGAGCUGCUUUGCAUCAACCUUUGCCUCUCGCCCUGGAGGAAGGAGAUCAAGUCGCUGAAGACUUUUACAGGAAACUUUGUCUACUAUGUAAAGACCAUCCUUCCGGAAAGUGUAGUGCAACAGCUGCUGUCUGAAAUCGGCUAUGUUGCCACCUCUGCUACCGAAUAUUCCCUGGUCAGAAAACCAAACGAGGUAGAAGCGGAGAACACCGCAUUUGAAAUAUUCCUUGCAAGAAUUGAGUGCGAAAACCUUCUUGAAGUUGCAAGGGACAUGAAAGACAGUGACCUUGCUGACAUCCUACAGAUGAGGGCCCAGAAACAUGGCCUUCCUGGUGUUGGCCUAACUAAAAAGCAGGAACACUCACAAACAAAAGAGGACCUCACCGUUGGAGAGAACAACGGGACACCAAACCCUGCAAUGGCCUACUUGAGUCAUAGCCAGCAUGCCUUCAAGGAGCAGGGCAAAACUGAACAGGCCGAGAGCUUUGGGCUCCGAUGCAUCACAACAGAGGCUCAGCCAGCUGCUUCCAAGCAGACUACUGAGCUGAACAGGAACCAAAACCAAACAGAGGAAAUCUCAACCCAUUCCUGCAUCCGAAGCACGGACAGCGAGGACUUUCUGAUUAAAUACAGUGACAUUGUCAUUGGACAACAGCCUCUCCACUUCUCUGCCUCUUCUUCUUCUCCGAGAGCAACCAAAGAGGAGGCCUGGCUGACAGAAACAAGGCUGGGCCUACCAACCUGCGGGGCAGAAACCCUCCCUCAUCUGCCUUCUGAUGAAAGUGGCCCUCAAGCUUUAGCCAUCCUCAACGAUUCCACUGUGGUAAGCAAAGCUCCUUGUGAUUACCAGACUCGGCAAACGAGGGUUGGAUCCAAAACCUGCGAUGCGAUGAAGCGCCUGAGCAUUCCUGGGUCAGAUACAAUCAACGAACCCAAAGAACUGAAAGGCAGCAUGGCCCAGGAGUCACCUAACUCCUCCAAUAACUUGGCCUUGAUGGGAGAGAAGCCAAAGCCCGAGGAAGAAGACUACGUAGAGAAGUUGAUGUAUCCUGUGGAAGAAACAGCAUGGCCAGAGUCUGCAAGGAGCCACAGAGUCCCUGGAGAACAUUAUCAUCCUGAGAUGAAUUUGGCAAACUUCUCCUGCAGAGACAAUUACAACAUGGACCUCUAUUCAUCAGAUCACUUCAGUCACAUCACUGGGUGCAGAUAUCCCACGCCUGGUCCAAGUUAUAGCAGACAUCUGGGUGUCCCAAUUUUAACCUGCCCCGUUCCCACCGAGGAUCAGUACUGUACUGACAGUUUAGCAGGCAUCCGGCACAGGCGAGAAAGAUAUCCCCUCUAUUCCUCUUUGGCAGACUUCGAUACUCGUGGGGUGCAUAUGAACGAACCUAGCCUAGAAAGCUAUGUCGUUAUUAAGAAAGAUAAUUAAAACGUACGUCCCUAAGAGCUCCAGUAACAGCAAGUCAGGAUUUACUGAAUUGUAGCGAGAUUGGUCAUACGGUUGGGCUGUCUACAUGCUUCUCAUCAAGUGAUAAAAUCUUGCAAGACAGGAUCAUGGAAUGUUUCAUAGGACUUCAAAUGUGCUCAGCUAAGAGCUCCUGAAAAGGUUUAGCAUCAUCUUACUGUGACAACAUUGAAAGGAAGGUAUACUUUUAACGGGGGGAGAAUCAACCAUUCCUUCAAUUUCCAAUAAAGGAAUUCUCAUCCACAUAUGCAGCUCCAGUGUCUCAUCUGGAUUUCCUUCUCUCUGCUCAUGGCAUAAAAGUUGGCGGUCAUGCUAGAAAAGGAUGCAUACUUUGGGGAGAACACUGGUGCCCCUUUCUUCCUCUUUUAUGCAGUCCCUAAGUGCCUGAAAGUUGUCCAGGAUAAAGAACUAGGACUAAGAAACUACAAAUCAGGAAUGUUUGGUGAGGGUUUUCUGUUCUUCUCACCCAGUUCAGAUUUAAUUGAAGAAAUGUAAAUUGUGAACUUUAAAAUAUACACGUUUUUAGCAAUGAGAAUUGGAACCAGCAACUCGGUUGUUAAGCAGUCAUCCAAAGAAACCACCAUUCCUUAUCUUACUUCAGCUUUCCUUUGCUUUACAGGCCUGUAAAGUUCAUAAAUGCGUUACUUUUUCAGCUCUGUGAAUGGCCACUGCCUUAAGCAGUCGCUAAACAAGAACUACCUCUAUAAGAAAAAGUUAUUGAAUUUUCGGGAUCCUGAAUGCUCUCAGUUCAUAACAGGCUGUUUCAUAAAUACCUGAAGAAUGUUAUUUAAAGGUUAAAUACGAUUGCUUUUAAUGUAGGAAAUAUAUCCAGAAACACAGAAUAUCAAUCGGUUUGCAUAGCUACAAGUUAGCUCUUGAUUGGUUCAAUUGUUACUUCUUUCUGUUAAGAUUUUAUGCAAUAUAGCAGGUUGGUCAGACAAGACAAGCUGCUUCUAUACUGAAAUAUAACCAAAAAUAAUUGGAUAGAAGACAAUUCAAAAAUGUUGGUAUGACUUCUUUUUUUAAAAGAAAAGCAUUUUGGACUCAACAGGAAAUUUGAGAAGGGAAAGCACUUAAAAUCUAGUAUGGUCUUGUAAAAACAAAAAAAAUGAAAAUGAGAGAAAAAAUAAUUUUUGAAUCAUGCAUGGAAAAGCCAUUUGGACCCCAAAUACGUUGGGUGAUACAAAACAUCUUGUAUCUCCUUUUGAUUUUCUUCUCUCAUUUGUUUGUUGGCUUCUUCAAGGCUUUGUGGAUAAACAUUUUGUCCCAUCCACGAUCAGACAACUAGAAUU